CAAGCACCGCAUAAACCUAAUUGUAAUGCUUGAGACGGCAGCGUAAAAACGAAGAUGAGUUUUUGAGCUCAAUCGGAGCAUUUCUCUUCCUAGUUGAUCGAUUCACACUAUCAGGUAACUUUUUGUGUUUUCAAUUUUUCCAAAUCAUGGUUUUCCUCAAAUCACCAGACAACAAAACCCUAGCCCUAGAUUUAGACCCCAGAAAAACUUCCUUGAGCACGUUGAGGCUCGAAAUCGAGUGUAAAUUGGGUCUGCCGGCGUGUUUCCAGCGAUUGUAUAUCUCUUCGAGGCGACUGUUCGAUUCUGAUGAAAGUAUAUCAAUUUCCGCCCUCGGUGUCGGCCGUGAUUCGACCUUAACUCUACAUAUUCCGUUAUUUGGAGGGAUGCAGGCUCCAGUUGCGCCUAAGAACAGGUUAGAUUUCCUCAGUACUAAGCCUCCUCCUAACUAUGUGGCGGGUCUGGGUCGUGGUGCGACGGGAUUCACCACACGUUCGGAUAUUGGUCCUGCCCGUGCUGCUCCUGACCUUCCUGAUCGAUCAGCUGCGACGAUUGGAGGAGGUACUGGAGCGCCUGGAGUUGGACGUGGGAGAGGGAAAGGGCCUGGCGAAGAGGAAGAAGAAGAAGAGGCUGAUGAAAAGGGAUACGAUGAGAAUCAGAAAUUCGAUGAGUUUGAGGGAAAUGAUGUUGGGUUGUUUGCUUCUUCUGAGUAUGAUGAAGAUGAUAAGGAGGCUGAUGCAGUUUGGGAGGCAAUUGAUAAGAGAAUGGAUUCAAGAAGGAAAGAUCGGAGGGAGGCCAGAUUGAAGCAAGAGAUUGAGAAGUACAGGGCUUCUAAUCCCAAAAUCACAGAGCAAUUUGCUGAUCUUAAGAGAAAGCUCCAUACUAUGUCAACUGAUGAAUGGGACAGUAUCCCAGAAAUUGGUGACUAUUCGUUGAGGAAUAAGAAGAAAAGAUUUGAGAGUUUUGUUCCUGUCCCUGAUACCCUUCUCGAGAAAGCUAGGCAAGAGAAGGAACAUGUGACCGCUCUAGAUCCAAAGAGUAGGGCGGCUGGUGGAACCGAAACACCUUGGGGUCAGACUCCAGUCACAGAUUUGACAGCUGUUGGUGAGGGAAGAGGAACAGUUCUGUCUCUCAAGUUGGAUAGACUUUCCGAUUCUGUUUCAGGUUUGACUGUUGUUGAUCCAAAGGGUUACUUAACUGAUCUAAAGAGCAUGAAGAUUACCAGUGAUGCUGAAAUAUCUGAUAUCAAGAAGGCUAGGUUGUUGUUAAAGUCAGUUAUUCAAACAAAUCCAAAGCACCCGCCUGGCUGGAUUGCUGCUGCCAGAUUGGAGGAAGUUGCAGGUAAGAUUCAAGCUGCGAGGCAGUUGAUAACAAAGGGCUGUGAGGAGUGCCCUAAGAACGAAGAUGUCUGGGUCGAGGCAUGUAGAUUGGCAAAUCCUGACGAAGCCAAGGCUGUAAUUGCCAGGGGAGUGAAAGCUAACCCUACUUCAGUAAAGUUAUGGAUGCAGGCUGCGAAAUUGGAGCACGAUGAUGCUAAUAAAAGUAGGGUUUUGAGGAAAGGACUCGAAAACAUUCCCGAUUCCGUUAGAAUCUGGAAGGCGGUUGUGGAGCUUGCUAACGAAGAAGAUGCCAGGCUGUUGCUGCAGAGGGCAGUUGAAUGUUGCCCACUUCAUGUUGAAUUAUGGCUUGCUCUAGCGAGGCUGGAAACCUAUGAUAAUGCUAAGAAAGUUCUUAAUAAGGCAAGGGAAAAGCUUUCGAAGGAGCCGGCUAUCUGGAUUACUGCUGCAAAGUUGGAAGAAGCAAAUGGGAAUACCGCCAUGGUUGGAAAGAUCAUAGAAAGGGGUAUCAGAGUUCUGCAGAGGGAAAAUGUGGUGAUUGAUAGAGAAGUUUGGAUGAAAGAGGCUGAAGCUGCUGAAAGAGCAGGAUCUGUUGCCACCUGUCAAGCGAUUAUUAACCAUACGGUUGGGAUUGGAGUUGAAGAGGAGGAUCGGAAAAGGACUUGGGUUGCUGAUGCUGAAGAGUGCAAGAAACGCGGUUCCAUCGAAACAGCUAGGGCUAUAUAUGCACACGCGCUUACGGUUUUCCUUACGAAGAAGAGUAUCUGGCUCAAAGCGGCACAGCUCGAGAAGAGUCAUGGGACUAGGGAAACUCUCGAUAUGCUUCUUCGUAGAGCGGUUAAGUAUAGGCCAGACGCAGAAGUUUUAUGGCUGAUGGGCGCGAAAGAGAAAUGGCUUGCAGGUGAUGUGCCUUCUGCUAGAGCUAUUCUCCAAGAGGCUUAUUUAGCUAUUCCGAAUUCUGAAGAAAUCUGGCUUGCCGCGUUCAAGCUUGAAUUUGAGAACCACGAGCCUGAGAGAGCGCGAAUGCUGCUUGCUAGAGCUCGAGAAAAGGAAGGAAGCACAGAAAGAGUCUGGAUGAAAUCAGCUAUUGUGGAAAGAGAAUUAGGCAAUAUGGAGGAGGAGAGGAGGAUUUUGAAAGAAGGACUGAAACUUUUCCCUUCGUUUUACAAGCUUUGGCUUAUGCUUGGCCAGCUUGAGGAACGUCUUGGCAAUUUAGACAAGGCCAAGGAUGUUUACGAGUCAGGUCUCAAACAUUGCCCUAACUUUAUUCCUCUUUGGCUUUCACUUGCUAAACUGGAGGAAACCACAAAUGGUUUGAGCAAGGCUCGAGCUGUUCUCACCAUGGGUAGGAAGAGGAAUCCUCAGAAUCCAGAGCUUUGGCUUGCUGCCAUAAGGGCUGAAUCCAGGCAUGGGUUCAAGAAGGAUUCAGACUCGUUGAUGGCAAAGGCAUUGCAGGAGUGUCCCACUAGUGGCAUUCUGUGGGCAGCUUCAAUUGAGAUGGUUCCACGUCCUCAAAGGAAAGUUAAGAGUAUGGACGCUCUGAAGAAGUGUGACCAUGAUCCUCACGUUAUUGCUGCUGUUGCUAAAUUGUUUUGGCACGAUAGGAAGGUUGAUAAAGCUAGAUCUUGGCUGAACAGAUCUGUGACUCUCGCUCCUGAUAUUGGAGAUUUCUGGGCUUUGUACUACAAAUUUGAACUCCAGCACGGGAAUGAGGAUAACCAGAAGGAUGUUUUGAAAAGAUGCAUUGCAGCUGAACCCAAGCAUGGAGAGAAAUGGCAAGCGAUAUCAAAAGCUGUGGAGAACUCACACCAGCCAGUUGAAGCCAUUUUGAAGAAAGCUGCAAUUGCACUAGGGAAGGAAGAGAAUAAUCUUGCAGAGAAUAACAAAAAUAUUAAUUAGCUUGAGAAUCGUGUGGACGUCACAAUUAAUCAGUUUUUUUGUCUCGUGUCUUUGCAAUGAGCUUUGAUGUUAUCUCAUGUCAUGGUAUGUCGUGUAUGGCCAAUUACAGAACGGAUGGAUAGGUACGCACUUCUAUCUCAAACUCGUUUGUAGUUGCAAAAGAAAUAUGUUUGUGAACUUUUGCCAGGAUUAUGAUCCAACUGCAUUACACUAGAUAGCUUAAUUUGAUGGCCUUUUGCCCUUUUCGAUUUUGCAGCUAACUGGUCAUAAUUCGGAAGCUUCGAUAGGGAUUGAUGAACUGAUGAAUGGAUCUACAUAUGGGUAGAGAAUCUUUUCCAAACACUGUCUUUAAACCUGAAAGGUGCACUCUUCUUUAUUUACUUAUACAUUUUUGCUUGUUUAUUUGUUGCUAUUUGAUCCAUACUGUAGACAAGUUGUUGGAUAAGUACUUGUUUUAGCUGGCUGACAUUCCAUGGGAAAAUAUUCUAUAUGUU